AUGCUCCGCAUAAUAAAUCCCUCUCGCGCUCAACCAGCAGCACGAAAUUUAACUCUUGUCGCCAAGAGAUUUCAGCAAUCCUCUAGUUCGUCAGGUUCAGCUACCACUGCUUCGGCGAAAUCGACGCCAGGUUCAACCUCAACUCAAGCUAAAACUACCAAUCCACCAUCGGCUAGCAAAUCACAAACAGCAUCCACAAAUCCAUCAUCGAAUGGACCUAUCGACCGAACAAAUAAUCCGCAGAAAACGACCACAACACCACCACCAACAUCGAGACCCGUCACAUCCUCGUCUUCAUCCUCGUCGGCUGGCGCUAGUGCUGGAGGCAGCGGUGGUACAGUCAAGGCAGUUGUCUAUGGCCUCGCACUCGGUCUCGGUGUUACGCUUGUCUAUGCUGAAUAUGACAAUGGUCCAUUCCGUCGCAAAGUUGAAUCUACGAUUCCAUUGAGUUCAACAAUUUUAGCUGGACUCGAUAAAAUCAUCGACCCUGUGUUCGGUCGUCACAAGAAAUUGACAACUAUCAUAUCCGAAAAAAUGCCGGACUUGUCAGGUGUCACUGAUCGUUUACCUGAUAAGGAACAAAUCCGCAAAGCAGGUGAACAAGUUAAAGAUGCUGCCAAUGCUGCCUAUAACAAAUUACCAGAUCAAAAACAAAUUCAAAAGGCUUCUGAACAAGCUAAAGAUGCUAUCAAUGAUGCUUAUGAUAAACUGCCCGAAUAUAAAAAAGUUAAAGGUGCUGUCACUCACGCCGCUGAUCAGGUUAAAGAUGCUGUUCACACCGUUCGCGAUGCAUUGCCCGAUCCAAAACAAGUGAAAAAAUCACUCACUCAUGCUAAAGAGCAAGUCGAAGAUGCGGCUAAAUCUGUUCGUGAUACCGUUAAAGACGCUCUUCCACAAACAAAAGGUGUAUCUGGUGAUCAAUCACGACGCGGAAAUGAUCCAGUCUUCCUAGAAGACGCCGGUGAAGUUGCUACUCCACCACCACGCAAAUGUUCAUAUGGAAUGAAAUAA